UCCAUGCAACGUUGGAAUUAACCGUAGUUUGGUGUAGUCUGCGCAUCUCGGGAGGCGUUCGCUUCCUCCGGAGAAAAGUCCCAUGAUCCCACAGUUUGUAGUUUAUGGACGACCUGACGUUCGCCGGCGGGCUCAAGAUGAGAAGUAUUUAAUUCACGAGCUUCUGUGCUGGCGAUGCCAGGAUGACAUCCAGCAUGCUGCCACAGCUGGUGCCCUUAGCCUCCAACCCAGAGCUUGACAUGGACUCAUCUGUGCCUUUACUCGGCCUGUCUGCUGGCCUGGGGGAUGCUGGCGUUGAGCUGCACAAGCUUCUUACUGAUGAGAGGAUGAAGAGCGAAACUCAUCGGACCAACUAUGAGACCCUCAAGGCAGAACAUACCAGUUUACAGAAUGAGUUCACUCUGGCGCAGAAUGAGUUGAAGCGUCUGCUGAAGGACAAACAGGCACAGCACGAGAGCAUGCAGCUUCUGAUAGCUGAGCUGCGAACUGAGCAGCUGGAUAGAAACAGGGAGCUGUCGGAGCUUCGGUUACAGGUGAUGACGCCUCAGCGACUGGAGAUGCUCCGAGCUCAAGUGCAGCUUGACAUGGAAGCUCCAGUGAGAGAGCGCUUCGCUAAGUUGGAGGAGGAGAACGAGAAGUACAGGACCAAUUACAACAAGGUCCGCUACGAGCUGAUUUUCCUCAAGACGGAGUUUGACCAUCAGCGGGACGAACAUGAGCAUGUGCUGGAAGAGCAAAAACUUCGCUAUGAGGCCGAGAUCUCUCAUCUGGAGAAGAACCUGGAGGAUCUGCAUGCCCAGUACCACGGCACUGAUUUAGUCACCGAGGGCAAGAGAGUGGAGGCUCUUUUGAGGGAGAAAUCUCAGCUGCAUCUGAGGCUGAAGGCUCUGGAGGCAGAGACGGCCGAACUCAGGGCACAGAGAGAAAACUACGGCCAGCAGAAUGAGAAUGUCCAGAGAAUCCAAAUCAGACAGAUAUCAGAGUCUCAAGCCACGAUCAAGUCCUUAGAGGCUGAGCGGCAGUCGUUGCGCCUGCGGCUGGAGAGGAUGGACAGAGAGCUUAACACCACUCGUGAGGAGAACGACAAACUGACCACACGGUUGCACAAAGCUGAACGAGAGGUCAACGCUCUCACCAGCCAGAUUGACAGCCUGAAGCAUUCCAGCAAAUUGGAGUUGGCCAAUGUCAAACUGGAGUGUGCCCGCUCCCGAGGGGAGAUGGAGAGGGAGAGAGAUGCGCUGCAGGGUCAGAUAGAAGGUCUGCAGGCAGAUGUGCAUCUGUUGAAAUCAUCAGCGGAACGUCAUAAAGAGAUUCUGAAGGAGUGUGAGCGCACGUCGGUGAGGAAAGUGCAGGCAGCGCGUGAGGAGGAGAUCCGAAAGGCCGCAGUGUUGCAUGAGGAGAAAAUAGAGCUGGAAGGCCGUCUUGUUGCGCUAGAACGACAGAGGGCGCUACAGGACGCUGAAGACCUUUCUCAGAAGGAGGAUUGGGAAGAGCGACUUAAAAACGCGCAGCAAGGGGAGGAGUUGGUGCGUCGGGAAGUGCAAAGCCUCAGGAUAAAGCUACAGCAGCAGAGCGCACAGCUGCAGGAGUCGGAACAGCUGAAAGCAGAUAUUUUGGACCUGCAGCAGCAAAACCAGGACUUCCAUGUUCAGUUGGCAACUCUGUCACACUUGAAAACAGAGCUGACAGAGGAAAACCAGCAGCUGAAGGAAUCUCUCAACAGAGUGAUGGAGGAGCUCAAGACCACCAGAGCUCAGACUGAAAAGAGCCAACACCAUGCAGAAAGGCUGGUUGAGGAGCGACAGAUUGAGUGGCUGGAGGAAAAGCACAAGCUGAAGGAGAGGGAAGCAAAGUUGCUACAAAAAUAUGAGGAAGCCAAGGAGAGAAUGAAGAGGGCGUCAGUGGCACAGAAGAAGAGAAGGACGUAUACUGAGAACUGCGAAAAGAAACUGCAGGACAAAAUCGAGCUGCUGCAAGCAAAGUGUGAGGAGCUGCAGCUGGAAGUGGAAGUAGCUAAGAAACGUCCACUUCACUCAGAGGAGGAGACACAACUCCGGCGAAAGCUGAAGGAGCUGCAGCGGCGACACGAUGAGUUCUAUCGCCUCCUGAUGUCCGGCCCGAAUUUUCAAACCUCCACAGCUGCAUUGCUCCUUGACCCCGAGGGACAGUUGACCAACAGACAAGAGGAGCAGCAGCACCUGAUGGAACUGGCUCAGCUACGACGCUCUCUGGAGGAGCUGGAGAACGUCCAGGAGCAGCAGCUGGAACAUCUGGGAUCUCUGGUGCAGAAGAAAGCUCAACCAUCCUCCUGACAUCCGCUUACCUCUUUCCUGCGAAACACUGAACUGUUGAACAGUUGCUCUGUUUUUUACAUGGACUCCUCAGGGUUUUUUUAAAAACAAUGUAUAUGUGUAUCAUAUUUUUAAUAAAUGAGCUGAUA